GGGAAAUUACGAUUCUCAUACACCAGUUACAACUUCUUUUAACCUGUACAUCCUGGCCAAGUACUUUCGAAUACACCCCGAAUCAAGUGUGACUUCUGUAAGCAUGCGAUUUGAGCUCAUAGGAUAUGGGCCACUGCCCAACGAAAUUGAUGAAGAUUACGAACAGGAUAACUCGUGCCUGCCGGAUAGAGGGGUGCCUUUGGGGAUGGAGAAUGGUGACAUUCCCGACGAAUCGCUGGCAGCAUCCACCUACGGUCAAAGUAACCACGCUCCCUGGCUGGCCAGGCUUCACCUUGACACUGCGUACGGAUGGAUACCUACGCUAGAAGAUGAAAAUCCCUUUCUUGAGGUAGAUCUCCAGACAAAGCAUUUGGUGACUGGCGUAAUAACUCAAGGACAUCGCGAUCUGCAGUGGUGGACUACAUCGACAUGGCUAGAGUUCUUUGAUGGUCAGUUUUGGAAAUACAUUUACGAGGAUGACUGCGGCUCCAGAACGAUUUUCCCAACCAACUAUGACAACAACUCACCUGUCACCAUUCUGCUGCCAGCGCCUGUUAUUGCAACAAAAGUCCGCAUAUAUCCACAAAGCUGGUCUACUAGGACGACACUUCGCUGUGAAAUACUUGGUCGUGAGAUAACUAACAUGACUGAUAGCUAAGGCACGUUUGAACUU